AUGAAUGAAGUUGGAGAAGUGGGCAGUUUCCUUGGACAAGAUCCUCCCAACACACCUUUGUCCAUUCCUGGAUUAAUACAUCCAUUAAGCCCUAUAAGUACUGAUUCCAAGACAUCUACUACAUUCUUAAGCGACAAUCAGCAGCCUUCUGGUUCACUAGAUUCAUUUAAAGAAGCACCAAACUUCCAGGCACAGCUGAAAUCUCCACAAGAUUAUGCAUCUCAGCCUUAUAGCUUAACUCAGCCUCAGUCUUUUAGUGGUACCCACCCUCUCCCAUCAAAUUCCCCAUCUAGCUAUGCCCCUUCUUCAUCCCCAGUUCUGCAAAUAGCACCUGUUUCUUCCACUAGCUCUCAGGCCUUUCUGACUUCACCUCCACGAGCUAAUCAAAGUCUGCCUGGUCAGUGGAGCUACCAGUCAUCUCAACAUGGCAUUGUGGUAGGAACCACACCAUCCCAUAGUCUUGCAGAUCCUGAUGUUUCAGCAUCAGUCACUUCUGGGCAUCAGGCAAUACCUUUGUUUGAAUCAUCAGUUUUGUCUACAAACUUGUCUCCGUCCCAGCCCCAGCAUGGCCCUGAAGUGCAGUCUUCUUCGUCUCCUUCUUCAGUUCCAUUAUUAGCAACAUCGCAAUAUCAACCAACCAUCAAACAAGAAAUCAGCAUCCCUCAGUCUGUUCCUACUUCAUGUCCUCAAGUUGCUACAGUUCCACCUUCAG